AUGGAUACGUUUCAGGUGAGGCUAGAUGGCCUUCAAAAACAGUCUAAGGAGCAGAUAAUGUCAGCUAUUACGGGACUACACGAAGCUUGUAGUGAAGGUGCACAACCCAUGCGAGUUGCAGUGGUUAUUGGUAACCGAAUGACACCUAGUCAAAUAGCAAAUUCUUUUCCAGUGAUCUGUUUUAUAGACGCUAUGACGCUACAGAAAGAGGACCCAUAUAUUGCAGGAGUGUUAGAAGAAUUCUGGCGUAUCGCACCUUCAAUUUUUGUGAAUUACGCUGCAACAGAUGAUGCUCUUCGAGAGAAAGUGACUCGUGCAGUGAAGCGUUGGGGUUUGAAGAAAGUUUUCACUUCUUCUGUAUGUGAUAAAUUGGUAGCAGCCAUAAGCGGAAAGCAAAUGGAUAACAUUAGUGAUGAUAGUAAAAUAAUUGGUGGUAAAGAUCUUACACAUUCGUCAGGAGAUGAAACAAAGGGUAUUAACGAUGGAUUCACACGCUCAGAGGUGUCAGGUUUUUGCACAAUUCUUCAAAAUUGUAUGAAAAUGAUUGAGCGACUUCCACCGCAUCGGGCAAGUAUGUACUUGGAGGUUGUGCGAAAAGAAAAGUUACUUCGAACCCCGUCAAAAUCUGCCUUGUUAUUUUUUCAAGGUCUUCACGCUGAGUUGACUCGUGAGUCUGCACUAUACAACAGUAACGUUGUGAAAAAUGAACACCAGGCCUCUUCUACUUUAAAUGCAGGUUCAGAUACCAAAGUUGCACUUGGUAAUCUUUUGAAUAAACUAUCCAAGGAACAGUCAUCUUCUACAGCACCUAUGAUUGGUAAUGAGGAUUAUGCGUUUCAUGUCGUGCGGUACACUUCGCCAUUACAGUCUGAUAUAUGUCAACGUCUUUCUUUGGCACAGCGUUCUGGCUUCGGUGAGUGGCAUCGUCGGGCGAAGAGUGAAUAUCACUACCCGAAAAAAGAAGCCUCAACACGGAGGGUAUUCCGCGCCCCCGUAGGUGCACAGGCAGGAACCCGGGCCUGGUUUCCAACCGAACAGCAGUGGGUUAGUGAAAAUGACAUGGCAACUCUGACAUUGUUCCUUCUCAAAGAAGCUGUUCCUGAAAGAGAGACUUCCAGCUUGUACAACGUGGUGCGAAAACGUGAACGUGACUCAUGA